AUGAACAAGGUUAUUACUUUUGUUACAGCUAGAACAUCAUCAGCAACAUUGAUCACCUUAGCACCAGCCAACGCGUCUGCUGCAGUAGGAACAGACGCCAUUCUUGGAUGCAUGGUAUCUAAUAAAGGAACGGAUAAAGUUAAAUGGCGAAAGGCAGGAGAUACGGAAACGUUAACGGCUGAUGCUGUCAGCGUGAAGAGUAACAGAUACAAAGUUAGUGGCGCCAAUAACAAUUAUAAUCUAACCAUAACAAGUAUAACAGUACAGGAUGAAGCCUUACCAACUAACAUCAGUGCCUAUUGGAGUACCCUGCCUAUACCUGGUACCACAGCCAAUCUAACAUGUCGUGCUACUUAUGGUCGUCCACCUCCUAGGUUAACAUGGUUUAAAGAUGAAAUCCCAUACAAUGUGUAUGCAUAUACCUCUAGUAAUGUUAAUGCAAUGGGAUAUGGAGAUGCGGUAAGCACCCUACCAAUACCUCUGGCUAACACUGACGAAGGCAAGAGAUUUAGAUGCCAGGCUGAUUAUGAUGGAUGGACACGUGCAGUGGAUUUUACAAUAACAACACAUCUAACAUGUAAGUUCCAUUUAAAGUAG